AUGCGACGGCGGAGGAAGACGGUUGAGGUGGCUGUGAUACGGAGGCUGCUAACAUUCGCCAUAUGCGCAAUAGCUCUUAUCGGCUUUCUCUCCGUCCACAUCUACGUUGCUCCUUUGCACAAACUCUCCAGGCUUCACCUGAAAAAUCACAACCGCCACACCACUCACCGAGAAGAUGUCACCGAUGACGAAAUUAAAUCAUCCAUCAUCACAGAACAGAGCUCGAAGAGGAACUUUUCUCGUCCUGAAUCGAUUAAAGCUCGUUUUAUCUCCGAUUACAAGAAGAAUGAGAUUCAGUAUCAGAGCUCAGCAUCGGAAUACAUCAACAACACGCAUGAACAAGUUCCUGCCCACUUCUCCACAAACCCUUCCUCCAAGUUGAACGUCACAAGCAAGACACCGGAUUUUGACAAGCUUUGGAAACCUCCACCGAACCGCAAUUUCGUCCCAUGUGUCAAUCCCAAUCCCAAUUACACACCUUCAUUGGAAUCUAGAGGCUAUCUUCUUGUUCACACUAAUGGAGGGCUUAACCAAAUGCGUGCUGGGAUAUGUGACAUGGUAGCUAUAGCUCGUAUUAUAAAUGCUACACUUGUAGUCCCGGAGCUCGAUAAACGAUCUUUCUGGCAGGAUUCUAGCAAAUUCAAGGAUGUCUUUGAUGAAGAUCACUUCAUCAAUGCGUUAUCUAAAGAUGUAAAAGUCAUCAAGAAGCUUCCAAAAGGUAUCAGUGGACUCACAAAAGUGGUGAAGCAUUUCAAAAGCUAUUCAGGUCUGAGUUACUACCAAAAGGAGAUAGCUAGCAUGUGGGAUGAAUAUAAGGUGAUUCGAGCAGCCAAAUCUGAUUCUCGUCUAGUAAACAACAAUCUACCACCAGAUAUCCAGAAGCUGCGUUGCCGUGCUUGCUAUGAGGCUCUACGCUUCUCUCAUAAAAUCGAAACAAUGGGAAAACUUUUGGUGGAUAGGAUGAGAUCUUACGGUUUGUACAUCGCGUUGCAUUUGAGAUACGAGAAAGAUAUGCUAGCUUUUAGUGGCUGCAACCAUGGUUUAUCUGCUUCUGAAGCUGCUGAGCUAAGGAAGAUUAGGCAAAACACAGCGUAUUGGAAGGUGAAAGACAUUGAUGGAAAAGUACAAAGACUCAAAGGGUUUUGUCCAUUGACACCAAAAGAAGUCGGAAUUUUGCUAACGGCUCUUGGGUAUUCAUCAAACACACCGAUCUAUAUAGCUGCUGGUGAGAUUUAUGGUGGUGAGUCUCGGUUAGCCAGUACUCUAGGCUCACGUUUCUCCAUGUUAAUGAGUAAGGAAAAAUUGGCGACAAAAGAAGAGCUUAAGCCUUUUAUGAACCACUCAACUCAAAUGGCUGCACUUGACUACAUUGUUUCCAUAGAAAGCGAUGUUUUUAUUCCGUCGUAUAGUGGAAACAUGGCGAGAGCUGUUGAAGGGCAUCGCCGGUAUCUUGGUCAUCGGAAAACCAUCUCUCCGGACAGGAAAGGCAUUGUGAGGUUGAUAGACAAAAUUGGAAGAGGAGCUGAGAAAGAUAACAGACAAGUUUAUGAAAAAAUCAUAGAGAUUCACAAGACCCGACAAGGAUCACCGAGGAGGAGGACAGGACCGGCUACGGGAGCAAAGGGUUUGGAGAGACAUCGUUCUGAGGAAUCUUUCUACGAAAAUCCAUUACCGGAAUGUCUCUGCCAGAGAGACCCAAGUAGAAGAAGAUGA